GUCCCUCAGUAGCGGAGCUGGGGGAAAAAUGGCGGACGUAGAUUUUGGGGACAGUGAACUCUUUCAGCAGCUUGAUGACUCCUCACCAACGGUACCGACACACAUUCGCUUCACAGAUGACGGGGAUGAGCCGGAGGACACGAGCCGGCUCCAGGGCAGACUGGAGGAGAGUGAAGACUCCAUCCAGAGACUCACCGAGGAGAAUACAGUUUUAAGGAGGAAGCUGAAUGUCCUCUCACGGCCGAGCGGCAUCACGAUUGAAGAUGUCAACACUGACGGGCCCCUUCUUCAAAUCCUGUAUGCGAACAACGGUAUUUCAAAGCUGUGUCGUCAAGAGAUUGAAGAUUGCGUCUGUAACGUGAUACUGAAGCACCAGAGACCAGGACAUGAUAAGAAACAAUCCCCUGUUUAUGUCAAACCUCAGAGUUCAGCUAUUGCUAUGGAUGAAGAUCCACCAACGUCAUCCUCCAGCAAUGUAAAAACAACAACGGAAGCUUUUAAAGUGGUAGGAAGUGUGUUAUAUUUCGCUUCUUUCAGCGUUGAUAAACUUGGGCAGCCUCUGGUCAAUGAAAGCCCCCAGAUGACAGAUGGAUGGGACAUUCCUACCUAUCACCAGGUUUUCAACCAAGUUGUCGGAACAGAUGGACAGGACAUAGAAAUGAAAGACAAAAGAAACAAGUCCAUGUGUUUCAACUGUGGUUGUAGCGGUCAUCAGCUGAGAGAUUGUCCCAAGCCUAAAGACAUGGCUGCAAUCAAUGAGAGAAGAAAAGAGUUCAAUCAAAACAGCAACCAGUCCAUGCAGAGUAACCAGCGCUACCACGCUGAUGAAGUGGAGGAGCGCUUUGCGAAAUACAAGCCUGGUGUCAUGAGCGAGGAGCUGUUGGAAGCACUGGGAAUUGAUGGCAACACCCUUCCUCCUCUGAUUUAUCGCAUGAGGCAGCUCGGCUACCCUCCAGGCUGGCUCAAAGAGGCAGAGAUGGAAAACUCUGGCUUAGCGCUUUACGAUGCUUCAAAUAAUGGCAAUACAACAGAGAAUAGUAAGCCGGAAAACAACUCGUAUGAUGUUUCCAAACUGAAAGAUUUCCCCGGCUUCAAUGUCCCUGCACCAGACAAAAUGAAAGACGAAUUCAUGCAUUAUGGUUCAAUUCCACUGCAGAGCCACCAUUUGAAGCAAAACUAUGCAGCAUACCUGUCCAACAACUUUCCUAUGCCUGGUGCCACCUGCAACAAGAGGCGCCAUGAAUCCGAUUCAUCUCCACUGCAGAGGAAGAGGAACCGGCCAAGUCCUGAUCAGAACUCCAGCAGAAGCUCAGAUAUGGAUAUUGAAUCAGAUCCAGGAACACCUUAUAACAGUCGCAGAGGUGACUUCCAAUUCCAACCACCGCUGCCCCCUGGAUCUCCUUGCUUCAGUUCACCUCCUCCUUUACCCAUGGGCACUCCUCCAGCUACACCCACUCCCCCUCCUCUCCCGAGAGGUACGCCUCCUCCUACUCCCAACAACGGUUCUCCAGCUCUGCGAGGGCAGAAUUGGGUCGUAGUUGAUGAUACUGUGGACGGGACAGAUGAUGAGUUGACACUGGAGGAACUGGAGGAACAACAGAGGCUGAUUUGGGCAGCUCUAGAAAAUGCUGACACUGCCACAAAUAGUGACUGUGACACACCUACUAUGGGAACACCUAUUCCCAGUUCACCAAGCGUGUCCACGCCUGUGCAUGUAGACACAGAAACUGAGGAAGCUGAAGAAGCAAUGGACACAGGGAAACCUGUAGAAACUGGGCAAAGUAGUAAAAAUCCAAGGGAACCAGAAAAUCAAGAACCUUGCCCUCAAAGCCCUCAUCCAGUCAAAGCUGAAGAAGACAGCCCGCAGAGCCCUCGUCCAGUCAAAUCCCAGGACGACAGCCCUCAGAGUCCUGGUCCAGUCAAAUCCCAGGACGACAGCCCUCAGAGUCCUGGUCCAGUCAAAUCACAGGACGACAGCCCUCAGAGUCCUGGUCUAGUCAAAUCCCUGGAUGACACCCCUCAUAGCCCUUGUCCAGUCAAAUCUCAAGACGACCAUCUUCAGAGCCCCGAACCACUCAAAGUCAAAUACGAAAGCCAUCAGAGUCCUGGUCCUGUAAAGUCCCAGGAUAACAACCCGCAAAGCCCCGAUCCAGAUUUCUCUAACAGGGGUGCUGACGAUGACUCUUCUCUUAAGCAUUCUGAGAAGAUAACAGCUGUUCCUCACCGCAGCAAGUUUGCUGCUGGCAUUGUUCCAUUUGAAGAUACACCAGAAUUCACUGAAGUUGCUGAAGCCACAGGGACAUACCUUAAAAUCAGGGACUUGCUUAAAGGUUCCCCUCGAAGUUUGGCAAAGAAAAACUAAAAAUGCACUGUCUUGAUUUGUUCACAUGGAUAUAUGACUAUUUUUUAACCCAAAAGCCUAUCAAGCAUGUCUUUUUUAGCAGUUUAUUGAUUCGUACCAAGUUGAUUUAAAAUUCAUCUGUAAACAUAAAUGUGGGAGGGGCAGUGGCAGGUGAUGUAACAGCAGAUGUAUGUAGAUUUUGACUUAUUACUCCCUGAUUUUUUUUAAAGUAGUGGUGUAACUGAAGCUGUGGAGUUUAUUGUAAAAUUUGUAAAAUGGAAAUAUCAUGGUCUGUAUUAAUUUUCAUAUUGUUUAAAAGGCUUUUUCUAUUUUCGUCCUACUUGAAUUGUUUUAAAAUCUUCAAGUAAACCUGCUUGCAUCAG